AGACGUAUCUAUUGUGACAAACUAUGUGCGUUGAGACUUGAGAGCUACCGGAAAGAUUCCAACGAACCACUCACACACACACUAUAUAGAGGCCACAAGAACAAGCCUACUGAACGUCCUCAAGAAGAAGCAGAAGCUUUUAGCCCGCAACACCAUGGAGUUGCUUCUUCUUCUUCUCGCAGGCUCUCUCAUCUUCCCUCUUGCCGCUCCGGCCAGGGAGAUCACCAACGCCUGCACCUCACAAGCUAAUGUUUUUCAGCACGUGAACGGCACCGGCAUGCACCUGACGCUGCACCACCCGCAGAGCCCCUGCUCGCCGGCGCCUUUGCCGUCGGACCUCCCCUUCUCCGCCGUGAUCGUCCACGACGAGGCGCGCAUCGCCCGCCUCGCCUCGCGCCUCGCCAAGACACCCUCCAGCCGCCCGACGUCGCUCCGCAAGAGCACCGGCGGCGCCCACCUGGGCGACUCGCAGGCCACGUCGGUGCCGCUCGCGCCCGGCGCGUCGGUCGGCGUGGGCAACUACGUCACCCAGCUGGGCCUCGGCACGCCCGCGACCUCCUACGCCAUGGUCGUCGACACGGGGUCAUCGCUCACGUGGCUCCAGUGCUCCCCCUGCGUGGUGUCGUGCCACCGGCAGGCCGGCCCGCUCUACAACCCGCGCGCGUCCACCACGUACGCCGCCGUGCCGUGUUCGGCGCCGCAGUGCGGGGAGCUGCAGGCCGCCACGCUUAACCCGUCGGCGUGCUCCGCCUCCGGCGUCUGCAUCUACCAGGCCACCUACGGCGACAGCUCCUUCUCCCUCGGGUACCUUAGCAGGGACACCGUCUCCUUCGGCUCCGGCAGGUUCCCCGGCUUCUACUACGGCUGCGGCCAGGACAACGAGGGCCUCUUCGGCCGGUCGGCCGGGCUCAUCGGCCUCGCGCGCAACAAGCUGUCGCUGCUCUACCAGCUCGCGCCGAGCCUCGGCGACUCCUUCUCCUACUGCCUGCCGACCUCGGCGUCCCCCGGGUACCUAUCCAUCGGGUCGUACACCCCGGCGGAGUACUCGUACACGCCCAUGGUGUCCAGCUCGCUCGACGCCUCGCUCUACUUCGUCAGCCUCGCCAGCAUGUCCGUCGCCGGGAGCCCGCUCGCCGUGUCGCCGUCGGAGUAUGGCAGCCUGGCGACGAUCAUUGACUCCGGCACGGUGAUCACACGCCUGCCCACGGCCGUGUACACGGCGCUGAGCAAGGCGCUGGGCGCGGCCAUGGGAGGGGCGCCCCGCGCGCCGGCGUACUCGAUCCUGGACACGUGCUUCAAGGGCCAGGUGUCGAAGCUGCGCGUGCCGGCCGUGGACAUGGCGUUCGCGGGCGGCGCGACACUCAAGCUGGCUCCAGGCAACGUGCUGAUCGACGUGGACGAGUCCACGACGUGCCUCGCGUUCGCGGCCACCGACAGCACGGCGAUCAUCGGGAACACGCAGCAGCAGACGUUCAGCGUUGUCUACGACGUCGCGCAAUCCAGGAUCGGCUUCGCGGCCGGUGGCUGCAGCUGAAGAAUGGACGAAAUGAACCGCACCUGCAUCGCAUGCAUGGACCCAGCUAGGUAAAUCUGCAACCAGAGCACGCCAAGCUACUUGCAAAUACAAUUACACCAAAGAAGAUAAACAAUGUCAUAAAGCAAGCAUGUGAAAUAGUACUGUGUUUGCUCUUCUUCUGUCUGUACAAGUGCUUCAACCACUGUAUGUAUUGUAAAUGCACAAAAGUAUUGCAAUGGCCUAAAGAUUUGGGAUAUGAUAAACUUAUGACUUGUUAA